AUGGCACACCACCGCGAAGGUGAAGCUAUUCGAUCUAUACUUGUGCAAAAGGCUCAUGUGUUAACGGAUGGUGUAAUUCUAAAAGUAACUACACCGAAUGUCGCUGUGCACGGGGAUGGUACGGAACUAUCUGCGAAUAUUGUUACUCCCGGGGGUGUAUCUAUGGCUCUUGCAAUUCGACAUCAUGUAAUUGUGAUGCAGGGUGGAGUGGCUAUAACUGCGGUACGUGUGGAUCUGGCACUUGUGUACAUGGAGUAUGCUCCGAUGAUAAAAAUGAGUGCAUUUGUGAGAAUGGCUGGGAAGGAAAUAACUGCCGUAGAAUCUUGUUCAGAAUCCGCUUGUAUCCACGGUACCUGUGACGAAGAAACCAAGAAAUGUGACUGUCGAGAUGGGUGGAGUGGUUAUAAUUGCGGGACGUGUGGAUAUGGCACGUGUAAGCACGGGGAGUGCUCUCUGACUGGGUCGUAUUGUCGAUGUUAUGGACCAUGGUCAGGUGAACGCUGUGACGUGUGUGGCAUUAGUGCAUGCAUUAAUGGAGAUUGUGACUUCGGUGACUAUGGGUCUGGUAUAAUUUGUACUUGCCAUAAUGGUUGGACUGGUCAAAACUGUGAUGUUGUGGCUGUUGGAGCAGAGAAUAUCGAACUGGGCCAAUCAAGCACUGAGCUCCGUGAAUCUAGUAUGUGUAUGCUCAUUCUAACCGUAUCGCUCAUACUUGCUGGAUGACAUCAUCACAUUUUGCUGGGUGACGUCAUCUUAUUUGCUGCAUGACAUCAACACACAUUCUGGAUGACGUGCAAACCAAUUCAUCAAUGGGCAGCAAGAAAACAAUAGUAGAUUUCCAUCUAUGAAUCAAUAUAUAAUCUAUUUCUGAUAUAUAACGACUUGUAGCGAG